AUGAACUGGACGCAGUGGAAAGCAUUCAACUUCUUCGACAUUUCGCCGGUCAAGCUGUCGGAGGAGAGUUCAUCGGUAUUCAAUCAUGACAUCUCAUGUAUAUGUACUGGUUCCGCGAAUCUCUUCCUCGGCUCCACUGAUGGCGUCGUCCACACCGUCUCCUCCGCCUUUAAGGUGGUACAAUCAUUCAAGGCGUAUGAUGCCGGCUCCAUAACGCACAUGAAGCAGAUCGAAGGGACAUCGCUACUCGUUACCAUAUCGGAGGAUUUAUUAAAUGAGCCAGUGCUGAAGGUCUGGGCGCUCGAUAAACCUGAGAAGAAGACCGGGGUGCCCAGAUGCUUGUCGACGGUUUCGGUGCAGAAUGCGAGGCGACAAUUCCCCGUGUCUGUGUUCACGGCUCUAGAUGAUCUAUCGCAAGUUGCAGUUGGUUUUGCCAACGGUUCCGUAACGAUUAUUCGCGGGGAUCUGAUUCAUGAUCGCGGAGCACGACAACGGAUUGUUUUCGAGUCGGAGGAACCCGUUACUGGACUUGAGACACAACAUGGACCGUCCACAACACUUUAUAUCUCUACAACAAAUCGCAUAUUGACCUUGGUGAUUUCUGGUAGAGGACAGGGUCAGCCCGCCCGGGUUCUUGAGGAUACGGGUUGUGCGCUUGGCUGUAUGACACUAGAUAAGGAGACAGGGGACGUUUUGAUUGCCAGAGAAGAUGCGAUAUACACAUACGGCGUGCGUGGACGCGGUCCGAGCUUUGCAUUCGAGAGCUCGAAGAAUUCGAUUACGAGCUUUAGAGACUAUGCGGCAUUGGUUUGUCCUCCGAAAGUUGGAUCGUCGAAGUCGGAUUUGCGGAAGUUUGGUGUCAGUCAGGCCGAUGAGAUAUUCAGUACAACAACGUUUACCUUGCUGGAUACCGACCUGAAGUUCAUUGCGCAUUCCGAAUCUCUUGUUUCGUCUGUGAAGUAUAUCUUCAUGGAGUGGGGUGAUUUAUUCCUCCUCACGACAGAUGGAAAGGUCCAGCGUUACCGUGAAAAGAGCCUUCAGCAAAAGCUCGAGAUUCUCUACCAGCGUAACCUUUAUAUAUUAGCCAUCAACCUAGCGCAGAGAAAAGGACUUGAUACCUUGCAACAAAAUGCUAUUUAUCGCAAGUAUGGUGACUUUCUAUAUCAGAAGGGGGACUAUGACACGGCUAUGCAGCAAUAUCUCAGAGCCAUCGAUAACACGGAGCCAUCUCAGGUCAUUCGAAAGUACCUCGAUACCCAGCGUAUCCACAAUCUCAUUGAGUAUCUCGAGGAAUUGCACGACCAUGAUCGAGCAACAGUCGACCACACAACCCUGCUCCUCAAUUGCUACGCAAAGCUCAAAGAUACGAACAAACUAGAUUCUUUCAUCAAAGCACCCGGGGAGCUGAAAUUCGAUCUGGAAACUGCCAUCGCCAUGUGUCGACAGGGUGGUUAUUACGAACAAGCCGCCUACUUGGCUACAAAGUAUGGCGAGAAUGAUAUGGUCGUUGACAUUUUGAUCGAAGAUUCCCGAAAAUACGCAGAGGCUGCGGAGUAUAUCUGGAGACUUGAACCUGACAUGGCCUACAACAUCCUGAUGAAAUAUGCCCGAGUCCUGCUGGCCAACUGUCCACAUAGAACAACUGAGCUAUUUAUCGAUUAUUAUACCGGGCAAUAUCGGCCAAGGACAGAAGUGGUUGAGAUUCCUUCCGAACCUCAAGCUCAGCCAAGCAGCACAGUGCAGAAUCUGGCUGCGUUCCUUCCUCUGAGUUUGAUAAAUGUCGGUGGGAGUGUCAAACCAGAGACCCCCGAAAUACCGAUAGAAACCGAGAACAAAGGUGAUGAAUCACCUCCCGAUUAUCAAAUACCCAAGCCUCGGACUGCGUUCUCAGCCUUUGUGGAUCAUCCGCAAGAAUUCACUGUAUUCUUAGAGGCGCUGGUUAAGCAAGAUGGGUUGAAAGUGGACGACAAAGUCGACCUCUUUACAACCCUCUUUGAGAUGUACUUGGAUACAGCAAAUCGGGUGAAAGAUAAAGCUGAAAAGGGGGAAUGGCAAAAUAAAGCAAAAAAGCUCAUCGAGGGCAAAGAUAUUCCGAUCUCGACAUCAAGUGUCUUGCUUCUCUCCGAUCUAUCCAACUUUCGAGAGGGGUCAACCCUCGUACGUGAGCAAGAAGGUCUUCGGUCUGACAUAUUCCGUUCAUUUACAUCCGCAAAAGACACACGUGGUGCCAUUAAAGCUCUGAAGAAAUACGGACCCGAGGAGCCUCAGCUAUACGUGGAUGCUCUUACAUACUUUGCUUCCAGCCCAAAGAUACUUGAGGAGGCGGGAGACGAACUUGAUGCUGUUCUCAAAAAGAUUGGUGACGAAGGGCUUAUGUCACCUCUUCAAGUUAUACAGGCACUGAGUAAUAAUGCCGUUGUUACAAUGGGUCGAGUAAAAAAGUAUUUGAGCGACAAUAUCGAAAGGGAACGGAAAGAGAUAUCUUCCAACCGGCGUUUGAUAGCCAGCUACCGAACCGAAACCGAGAGCAAGAAGCAGGAACUUGAACAACUGGGAACUAAGCCCGUUGUUUUCCAGGCGCGCCGAUGCAUGUCCUGUGGUGGCGCCCUGGACCUCCCGACAAUACACUUUCUCUGCAAGCAUUCUUUCCACCAGCGCUGUCUGAACAAGGUAGAUGAAGAUGCCGAGUGUCCUGUCUGCGCUCCCCAAAAUUCCACGAUCAAAGCGAUCCGAAAGAGACAGGUGGAAUCAGCCGACCAGCAUGAUCUAUUCAAGGGUGAACUUCAUCGCUCCAAAGAUCGAUUCGGAGUGGUCAGUGAGUUCUUCGGAAGGGGUGUAAUGCGACCACAGAGUACCAUGGAAUGA